UAAAUGUCAAUGUCAAGAUUGUCAAACUUGCUUGAUUUGAGCGGCGUUUUAUUUUGCAGUUUUAGAAUAUUUUGCUUCAAAAAGUUUUCUUUCUAGAACUCCCUUGGUAUUAUAAUGAAGGAAAACAGCGGUGAAGUGGAUACCAGAAAUGUGGUGAAAAAUAGAGAACUCCUCUAUCGAAUGAUAAUAAGUCAGCUAUACUAUGAUGGAUUUCAAGCGAUAGCCACAAGUUUGACCACUGCGGUUCAUGCUGAUCCUCCCUGUCCUCCAAGUGAUAGGCUGCUAAAUGUGAUGAUGGUGGGUCUUCAGCAUGAGCCUGACAGGAAGGAUAGGCUUGCAGCCUCCAGUGGGGCGGAACAUCUGUUAGGGACAACUGGAUUUGAUUUAGAGUACGAGAUGGACGCGUCCUCGCUGGCCCCGGAGCCGGCGACGUACGAGACGGCGUACGUGACGUCACACAAGAUGGCGUGCCGCGCUGGAGCCUUCAGCGCCUGCGGACAGCUCGUCGCCACCGGCAGCGUGGACGCCAGCAUCAAGAUACUGGAUGUAGAAAGGAUGUUAGCUAAAUCAGCUCCUGAGGAAGUGGACCCUGGUCGUGAGCAGCAAGGUCAUCCCGUCAUCAGAACACUAUACGACCACACGGACGAGAUCACAGCCCUGGACUUCCACCCUCGGGAGCAGAUCCUGGUGUCAGCCUCCAGGGACUGCUGCAUCAAACUCUUCGAUAUAACGAAGGCAUCCGCAAAGAAAGCUUAUAAAUCUAUCACGGACGCGGAGCAGGUGCUAUGCGUAUCCUUCCAUCCUCUAGGAGACCACGUGAUAGCUUCUACCACGCACCCGGUGAUACGUCUGUAUGACGUCACCACCAGCCAGUGCUUCGUCUGCCCCAUACCCUCGCAUCAUCACAAGAAACAGGUCAAUUCUAUCAAAUUUUCCCCUAACGGUAAAUACUUUGCUAGCGGUAGUGCUGAUGGGACAGUAAAGUUAUGGGACACCGUCUCCAACAGGUGCUUUAAUACGUUCCUCGCCGCACACGACGGCGCUGAAGUCUGCUCUGUCGCAUUCACCAGGAACAGCAAGUACCUGUUGACUGCUGGACUGGACUCCUCCAUCAAGCUGUGGGAGCUGGCCAGCAGCAGGUGUCUGAUACAGUACACUGGCGCUGGCACCACGGGUAAACAGGAACAUCAGGCCCAGGCCAUAAUGAACCAUACUGAGGACUAUGUGAUGUUCCCCGAUGAGGCCACGACGUCGUUAUGCACUUGGCACUCACGGUCCGCUAAUAGAUGUAAUUUAAUGUCUCUGGGACACAACGGUGCUGUCAGGUAUAUAGUACAUUCUGGAACUGCUCCGGCGUUUCUAACUUGCAGCGACGAUUACAGAGCAAGAUUCUGGUAUAGAAGAAAUACACAUUGAUUUGUUAUAUAAAUAAAAA